CAGAUGUAAACAAAUCAUAUUCAAAACAAAGUGCGCUGUUUUAGGAUCGAAUGAUGCAGCGUCGAUCAUUCCAAAGAAAUUGUUCUGCUUGUAAUAUCGUAGUUUGUACUUAAAAAAAUGUCCUCAGUCGUCCGUGAUAUUUCGCCUCAGGGUUCAAACAAGGGCCUUCUGCAAGUUUGCCGAUUAUGUUUGAGCGAAGAAUUCCUCGAGGAUAUUUUCAACCAGAAUGACCUGCGUACGUGGAUCUCUGAUUUACUCUCGAUCAAGGUAACCCAGAACGAUUCAAUCAGCCAUAGUAUUUGCGCUGUUUGUAAGAUACGCUUGAAUGACUUCCGAGAGUAUCAGUUACGAUGUUUGGAAGUGCAGGAUGUGUUGCGAAGUGAACCCAUUGUGAUCAAAGAUGAGAAAAUCUCACCGAAAGAGGAACUGGAGGAAAAUUCACCGUCUUUCGAGUCUAGUCCAUUGCCAAUGCUUGAACCAUUGGAGGAAACAGUAUUGGAAGCAAAUUCAGAUCAAGAAAUGAUGGUUAACAAUGCAUCCCAAAACCAAGAUGGGUUUAUUGAGGAGUCUAAUUUGAACGACGCUGAAAAUUAUCCAGACGAUAAACUGCCCGAGAACAGUCAAGCGGAAGAACCUCAUGACUCGUCGACAGUCGAAGUUCUACGGGUGGUAGGAUCGAGUGCUGACGAAGACGACACAGAAUCGGAGAUCCCCUAUAGCCAAGAAACGAAGACGAGUGCAAAACAGAUCAUGGCUUGCGGAAUGUGCGGAGAAAACCUUCCGAAGGCUCGCAUGGAAUCGCAUAUGAACAAACAUUUGGGUUUGAAACCAUUCAAAUGUGAGCGAGGUUGCAUCAGUGUUUGUUUCACGAGCGAAUACAAUCGUGUCUGGCACUACCGACAUAUCCACGAUGCGCCCCAAUACUGGUGCUUUAGUUGUAAGCGAACGUUUGGAUCGAGACAAGGACUAUUCGGCCACAAACAGAGAUUCCACUCAACGAAGUCGCAUAGAUGUACGAUUUGCGCCCAAGCAUUUGUGACGGAGUAUCGUCUGAACAAACACAUGCUGGGCCAUGGCAUAACGGACCGGCAGUUCUCGUGCCCCACGUGCGACGCUUCUUUCCCCACGGAUUACGCUCUGAAGCGCCAUGUAGCCAGGAAACAUGUCCAGCUGUGGCGAUGACUUUGGUAAAAACUGGCUGCAGGCCAUUGCAAACCAAUCGGACGCUUUAUGUGAGGGCGAAGCCAUACUGCCGGAUGUGGAACCAGGUGUGCCUGAAACGGAAGCCGUUGAAAUCGAUUCCGAUCCAGAGGACUUAAUGAUUGUUUAAUAAACGGUUAUGUCAGAAAUCGAGUUUUAAUAGAUUUUUAUCCGAAUGAAAA